AGCCACAUCGGUUUAGUCAAUGAUCGUGCAAAAGCCUCAAUAGGAUGGUGUCAUUUGCACAACCGCUCUUUUGGCAGAUCAGAUACAUUGUGAAUGCACUGACCAAGAAGAAUCUGAAGCCAAGCCUGAAUGAGCUUCACAACCUCAUAGCCGCUUUUGGCUACGAUGCCCAGGUUUUCUUUCUCCGGGUGCUGCUCGAGGAAGCGGCAUCAACAAACUGGCAGUAUUCAGGAAAAGGCGCAUUUCAACUUCAAGUUCUCUCCGCAGAGCUGAAGGAGAUAGAGCAUGAGGAGCAGUUUGGUCAGUUGCUUUGUCAUGCAAUUGAACAGUUCAAAGAGAACAUCACAGAGGACUUUUUGCUGCAACUGUGCAAGGCGACAAAGAUCAGCCUGCAGGCACAGAUCAACAUGGCCGUGGCAAUGCUGCAUUCUUUGCCACUGAGCCAGGAGGCGAGCCGGCGGGAGUCAGCCAAGUUCUUGAGAAAUCGCUUCAGGGACUUUACCAGCAAUCGGGCCGUACGUUUGAGCGAGCCGUUGGUGCAUUCCUUGUUGGCCUUGCUGAAAGGCUGUCCCACCUCUGAAGUGUCGGAGGGAGACCCGCUGGGCUUUGCGCUGACCUUGCUGGGUGUAGCUGUAGUGCUACUGGGCUUUGGCUUUGUCUACUGGGUUUUUACUUUAAGUCCAGCCAAAGAUGAAACUGGACGCGCAAAGGCCUCUUCACUGCAGGGCUUGGAGGAUAUCGAGAAAAAACUAGAGAUCAUGGAUAAGAUGACGCCCGAGGAGGCAGAUGAAUACCAGAUGCGACGUGGUGGUUUGCAAAAAGAGCGAAAAGAUGCAAAAGGGGAGCAGCAGGAGUUUGAGUACCAAGCCAUUCCUGGUUGUGACACUGUCUACACAGUGCUGAAGGAGGGUGCACCUGGCGCCACGGUGGAGCCUGGAGAUGAAGUCACUGUGCAUGCCACGGGGCUGGUGACAGCGACCAAGAGCAAGUUCUGGAGUACCAAGGAUGCUGGACAACAGCCUUUCACGUACAUCUGCGGUGGUGGUGUGAUCAAAGGAUGGGACAUGGGUGCUCGAGGCAUGAAGAAGGGCGAAGCCAGGGGCCUGCGGAUCCCCGCAGGAGAAGGCUACGGCGGUCGUGGCUUCCCAUCUUGGGGGAUUCCCCCGAAUGCGGAUUUGCUCUUUGAGAUUGAGGUUCUUGCGAUCAAGCGCAAUGGGCAGCAACUCUGAGAGGAAUACCCUCAGCAACGUGCGUUGUUUCGUGCGUUGGGUGCAAGUUCGGAGCCUGUGGCAUCCGAACAAGCCCAACUGCAUAUGUGCUUGAGUUGAUAUGCUGCACAAGCGCUUGCGCUAGCUUUGGAUGUGGCACAACCCUAAACUCCAGUCUCUAUUUAUUGCCCUCGAA